CAGUCACACUGGUCGGAAGAAACACGAGGGGAAGGAAUCGUCAUUAUUUUUAAAAGGCAACUUUUCGUUUCAAAAUGUGCUCGAACUAUUGUUGAAAAAUUUCCAAUUUUAUUGAAAAUGUCAAGCCGGAACGAGUUUUGUUUAAAAUCCGCCUAGAUCGAAGCGGAACUUCUUUCCUAAAGCCCUAGAAAGAGUGUCGGAGUGUGUGUGCUAGUGUGCGUGUGUCGGUCGUCCGCAGUCGGUGAGAAGCAAGGCAAAGAGAGAACCAGAAAAGUGGUAGCGAUUGUGGCAGCGCGGCAACGAACCUCUGUGAAGGACGUGUCGCGGUCGGAGACGAGACAGGGGGCUGGACUAUCGUGGCGGAGGAUCUGCAAGGAUCUCAAAUGUGCCGCAGCUAACCGAAGCCGACAGCAUCACCAGAGGCAGCAGCCAUAGAAAAGGCGGAUGCUGUUCAUUUCACACCUCCCCACCGCCGCCCCCAUUAUUCUCAGCCUUAUUCUUGGUUAUCACCCGUAACCGUAGCGACUUUGAGUUGUCCCAGGAAGCGAUAGCAGAUAUUCUUCAAAAUUCCUCCACAAACACCCACGAGCAGCAGGAGCAUCGCCAUGCCCGUUUCAAUGGCUGUAUGCGAAACGGCGAAUGUCGUCAACGCUGCGCUCCGCGAAUCGCUUGGCGUCGGGAACGGCAGCAGGGCUGCUGACGAGGCUAUAAAGACCGGCAGGGGCGGCGGCGAUUCAGACUCUGAAAUCCAUAAUCAGAUUGCUGUCAGUGCAUAUGCAAAGCGGAUUUUGAUGUCCAAAAUUGAAUACGAGGAGGUACCCAGCUACCAAGAGACGGUGCUGGAACAGCUGAAGAACAAGUACAUCGUCAUCAAGCAACCCAGCAACAGCAACAACCACAGCAGCUGCAACGGGAGCAACUUUGGCAACAGCAAAGUUGUGGGAGCAAAUGGACACGAAAAUAACGGCAAUAAUGGUCAUCGCAAGCAGUCGCAGUCCCAGUCAGAGUCCAAUCAAUCGGGUCCGAAUCCCAACGAGCUGCCCAAACCGAAGCGUGUCCUGUAUCCCCGGGAGAACAUCAGGAUCGGGUGGAAGCAAUCGGAGCGCAAGUGGCAGGUCGGCACGGGCAUGAUAAAUGUGGGCAACACCUGCUACCUCAACUCCACGCUGCAGGCCCUCUUCCACAUACCCGCAUUGGCCAACUGGCUCUACUCGGAGCAGGCCCAUCUGGAGAACUGCAACAUCACCGAGUCCAAUGGCGGUUGCAUAAUCUGCGCCAUGGCCAAGACGCUGCAGGCGACACAGUCGAAUCAGUCGGCCAUGCGGCCGUUCCACAUCUACUCGAAGCUCAAGCAGAUCUGCAAGCACAUGGUAGUGGGGCGGCAGGAGGAUGCACACGAGUUCCUGCGCUUCCUAGUCGAGGCCAUGGAGAAGGCGUACUUGAUGCGUUUCCGCAACUUCAAGGAGCUCGACCAGCUGGUGAAGGAGACAACGCCACUAAAUCAGAUAUUCGGUGGCUAUCUCCGAAGCGAGGUGCGAUGCCUCAGCUGCAGCCACGUCUCGAUCACCUUCCAGCACUUCCAGGACCUGCUGCUCGACAUACGCAAGUCGGACACGCUCGAGGAGGCGUUCGACGGUUACUUCUCCAGGGAGCGACUCGAGGACAUGGGGUACAAGUGUGAGGGCUGCAAAAAGAAGGUUUCGGCCACCAAACAGUUCAGCCUGGAGCGGGCACCCAUCACGCUGUGCAUUCAGCUGAAGCGCUUCUCGAUGAUUGGCAACAAGCUGACCAAGACGAUCAGCUUCAAGCCACGCAUUGACCUGAGUAGGUUUGCUGCCCGCUCGCCGGCGGCUGCCGCCCAGCCACUCACCUACCGCCUCGUCUCCAUGGUCACCCAUCUGGGAGUUUCGCAGCAUUGCGGCCACUACACGGCCAUCGGUCUGACCGAGCCGGGCAGCUACUACAACUUCGAUGACAGCUACGUGCGCCCCAUUGCCAUGCAAAGUGUGUGCAACACCAACGCCUACAUCAUGUUCUACGAGCUGGACCUGUCCCAGAGCACGCCGCUCAAGAGCAAUGGCAUGCGGCUGACCAAUGGCCAUGGACCAGUGGCCGUCCCGGCCACAGUCUCCUCAUCCACACCCACGCACACACGUUUCAUUGGCCCCCAGCUGCCGCCUGGCGGUAUCAAUGGGUAUAGCAAUGGUCAUGCCAGCAGUCCAAAUGCCCAGAAGACUGCCAUUCAGUUCAAGCAGCAGCAUCAGCAGCAGCAACAACAGCAACAGCAGAACGGUCUCCAAGUGGGGACUGGAAAGUUUCAGGAGUCUGCCCACGCGAAGUCUCCACUGGCUGGCUCAUACAAUAAAGGCGAAGCUUCUCCAGCUACAACUGCAAAUGGUAACAAAAGUUCCUCCCUCUCCGCCAGCAAUAGCAACCACAACAAAUUGGUGGUGAGCCAACAACAACAACAACAGCACCAGAACCAGCACCAGCAAAAUUAUCUGCCAAUAUCCUCCGAAGAAGAGGACAGCGAAGACGAAGCGACGGCAAAGGCCAGGCCGACGGCACAGCUGCCCAGCAUGCCCAAGAUGUUGGAGGAUAGCAUCAGCAUCAGCAGCGACAAGCCAAAGACUCCGUUAAAGGUCCCAGUCAGGGCGAACCUCGUGAAGAGUCCAGUCAAGACGCCACUCAAGAGUCUGGUGCCGUACGAGUCUGCCUCCGAGGAGGAUGAGCCAGUGCCGAAUCCACGAAAACGUCGCAGUGAUUCAGAUUCUAGCGACUCGGACAGAGAGUCGGGCAAGAUCAAUGGUCAUGCCAAGACGAACGGAGGCAGCCUUACGAAUGGAAAUGGCUUGGGCAAGGCCAAGUCUGUUCUGCCUACAUCCUCCUCAGCCUUGGCCUCCGCGUCAGCGCCCGCCGCUUCGUUGGUAAACGUUAACAGCAGCAACAGCAAACAAAAGACUGAUGCGAUAGACGAGAUAUUCAAGAGCCUCAACAACUAUCAAAGCAAACACAAGCCAACAUCGCCAGCCGACGAUGAGGAUAGCGAUGAUGAUGAUGAUGAGGAAGACGCGGAGAACAAUAAGCUCACCAACGGCUGGCAGCCACAGAAACAGUCACAAUCGUUGUCACAAAACAAAGCCCCGCCUUCACCCAAGACGCCACCCUCGCCGGCUGUCAUUAAAUCAAAGACGGGCAUCUGGAAGGUCACUCGCAACGAUGAUAACAAAGAUGAGGAUGAAGACGAUGAUGAUGACGAUGAUGAGGAGGAGCAGGUGGUGUCAACGCCAACGCCAGCUAAAAACCAUCGCAAUCCCUUUGCCAAGUCACCCGCAGAGUCGCCCGCAUCCACUGGCGCCAAGCGGCAGAAGCUGCUCAAUGGCACCGCUGUCAAGACGCAUCUGUCACGCGUGGGCAAUGGCUACCAGAGCGAGGCGGCAACCAAUGGGAAUGUCGUCAACGAGCUGCUGAAGCAGACGCAUCGCGGCUACGGCUCCACCUCCGUGCUCAGUUGGAACGGCAAGCCAGCGGAACUGGACAAGGAGCUGGUGGCGGAGGCGCGAGAGCAGAGGCAGCGCGACCACGAAGAUGAGGAGGAGAACGAAAUGGAUCGUGGACGUCAGCGCAAGGUGAAGUCCGCCACGGUAAAGGCCAGCAACAGCAGCACGCCCGGCUACAAUCCAUUCCAGGAGAUGGAGAGCCAAAAGCGCUGGCACAAGUCCAGCAAUGGCGGCGGCGGCGGUGGUGGUGGCAGCAAUCCGCGUUACCACAAUCAGAGCUAUCGACACAAUUUCCAGCAACGCAACAAGUUCAAAUUCCAUCGGUUUAGUGGACCUGGCAGCGCAAAGUUCCAGCAGCAGCGGGGCCUGCAGCGCCAUCUGGCCGCCGGUGGCGGCUACAAUCGUCGCCAGACGACGGGACAGCAGCAGCAGCAGCCGCAGCAGUCCUCCUCCUAACUGCCACUUGUGGCGGAUGAGGAUGCAGGUGCGACUGGAGCCUGUGCAUUUGUUAUUGGAUUUCGAUUGCGAGUUCGGAUGAGUUUUUUAAACGUUUUUUAACUGCUGAUUGAACAUGUUUUAGGAGUAGGACUUGUAAGCUAUAAGCUAGAGCAUAACUGUUGCGCCACCACCCCCCUACCCACAUAGAAAGCGCCCCCAAACCCCUACCCACUAAGCCAGUCGUAUGAUUAUGUUAUAAGAGAAAAGAGAAUUGCGAGAUAUCCCCUUCGUAUGGCAUUUUAUAUAUAAAUAUAUUUAUUGUGUUCUGAAAGAUUAUCGUUCGGCAUAUGCAGCAGCAGCAUCUUAAGAAAAUUAUCGCAAAAUAUUUAUAACAAAAAGGAAAGGCUAGCCCAGCCAGCCCUAACCAAAUUAAAGCAAAACAAACACAAAAACAAAACCACUUAAAUACUACGAUAUAAACGAGCUGCAGAUGAUGAUGGAAUAAACAGCAAACCAAUAUAAUUUUAAGAGACUAAAAACCAACCCCAAUUGUACAUAGAAUAACAAAAACAAUGAGCGUUUAGAUUAAAACCACAGUGAAACUUGAUUGUAAUUUUAA